UUAUGUCAAUGUCAAUGUUUUUGAGGUGAAUGCACCGCUCUCCGAAGUUUCUUGAAAAAUUAAGAAAUCUUCUUAUAAUCCCGAUGACAUAAAAAUAUUCAUUGUAUAAUUGUAGAGUUUAGAGUUAAAACCUCCUAUUGCAAAGUGGCGAAGUGUACACAGUGGUGUGGGUCCAGUGUCGUGCAGACUCAUCAAUAAACACUCGCGAUGUACUUGCGCUAAGAAUCGUGGUGUGCUGCGACGUCCUGCAGGUUCUGAAGACCUAGUACGUUCCAGAAGAUGUUCCCCUGCCACUCAAUCUAUUGAAGCGCGGCAUGGCGGGCGCGGCGCUGGGCGGGCUGGGCGGCUCGCUGGAGGCCAAGGACUGCGAGCUGCUGUGCCCCGUGUGCUUCGAGCUCAUCGACGAGGCCUACGUGACGCGCUGCGGCCACUCCUUCUGCUACGCCUGCAUCGCCAAGGCGGUGGAGCUGCACCGGCGCUGCCCCAAGUGCGGCGCGGCGCUGGCGGGCCGCGACCACUACUUCCCCAACUUCCUGCUCAACGAGCUGGUGGCGCGGCGCCGCGCGCCCGCCGCGCCCGCGCCGCCGCCGGACCUGCGCGCGCUGCUGGCGGCCGGCGCGCACCGCCUGGCGCUGGCCGACGUGCGCGGCCUGCUGGCCGUGCUGGCGCGCCGGCGCCGCCUGCUGGAGGCCGAGUCGGCGGCGCAGCAGCACCGCCUGCUCUACGAGUUCCUGGCGCAGCUGCUGCGCACGCGCACGCACCAGCUCGAGCAGCUGGCGCGCGAGGCGGCGCUCGUGCGCAAGGACAUGGAGCACGUGGCCGCCGUGCUGCGGGAGCUGCGCGCCGCCGCCGACGAGCCGGGCGCCGACGGGCCCGACGCGCCCGACGCGCCCGACGCGCCCGGCGCCGACCGCAAUGUAACGGGUCGGUGCGCCGCAGGCAGCCCGCCCAACGAGGAGGAGGAGAGCUUCGCGGCGGGCGGCGCGGCGGCCGGCGACGCGCUGGCGGCGCGCUGGCGGCGCCUGGCCGCGCACUUCGACGACUUCGUGCAGUGCUACUUCGCGCACCGCGCCGACGAGCUGUACUUCCCCGGCUCCAGCGCGCCCACGCCCGCGCCGUCCGCGCUGGCGCAGCGCUGCGGCUCCCCCGGCGCCCCCUCCCCCGCGCUGUGCGCCCCCUCCCCCGCGGGCGGCGCCCCCUUCCCCGCGGGCGGCGCCCCCUCCCCCGCGGGCGCCGCCCCCUCCCCCUCGGGCGGCGCGGCCGACGCGGACCCCGUGCCGCAGCAGAGCGCCGCGCCCGACUCGCGCGCCGCCAGCGCCGCCGGCGACCAGCGCGCGCCCGAGAGCGAGCCGCAGCCGGCGCCCGUGCCCGCCGAGCCGCCCUGCGGCGACGGGGCGGGCGAGCGCUACGGCGGCCUGGAGGCGUUCCGCGCUGACCUGGCGGCCUUCACGCGGUACCGCGCGCUGCGCCCGCUGGCCACGCUGUCGUACUGCAGCGACGCCAUCAACUACUCCACCAUCGUGUCCACCAUCGAGUUCGACAAGGACGACGAGUUCUUCGCCAUCGCCGGCGUCACCAAGCGCAUAAAGGUGUUCGAGUUCGGCGCGGUGGUGCGCGACGCGGUGGACGUGCACUACCCGUGCGCCGAGAUGCAGUGCGCGCACAAGAUCAGCUGCGUGUCGUGGAACAGCUACCACAAGCACGUGCUGGCGUCCAGCGACUACGAGGGCACGGUGUCGGUGUGGGACGUGGGCGCCGCCGUGCGCACGCGCGCGCUGCAGGAGCACGACAAGCGCGCGUGGUCCGUGCACUUCAACCGCGCCGACGUGCGCCUGCUGGCGUCGGGCGGCGACGACGCGCGCGUCAAGCUGUGGGCGCUCAACCAGGAGCGCUCCGUGGCCACGCUGGAGGCCAAGUUCAACGUGUGCUGCGUGCGGUUCAACCCGCGCAGCUCGGCGCACCUGGCCUUCGGCUCGGCCGACCACGCCGUGCACUACUACGACCUGCGCGCGCCGCGCGCGCCGCUGUGCGUGUUCCGCGACCACCGCAAGGCCGUGUCCUACGUGCAGUUCCUGGACGCGCACACGCUGGUGUCGGCGUCCACGGACUCGCAGCUCAAGCUGUGGCGCGUGGAGUCGCCGCGCUGCGUGCGCUCGUUCAGCGGCCACGCCAACGAGAAGAACUUCGUGGGGCUGGCCACGGACGGGCGCUACGUGGCGUGCGGCUCGGAGAACAACGCGCUGUACGUGUACUACGCCGGCCUGUCGCGCCCGCUGCUGGCGCACCGCUUCGACGCCGUGCGCGGCUUCCUGGAGCGCGAGCGCAAAGACGAGGAGCCGCCCGAGUUCGUGUCCGCCGUGUGCUGGCGCCGCGCCGCGGACCGGCCCGCCUUGCUGGCCGCCAACAGCCAGGGCACCAUCAAGGUGCUGGAGCUGGUGUAGGCGCCGACCUCGACUGUCCCGCACUGCUGGCCGCCAACAGCCAGGGCACCAUCAAGGUGCUGGUGCUGGUGUAGGCGCCGACCUCGACUGUCCCGCACUGCUGGCCGCCAACAGCCAGGGCACCAUCAAGAUGCUGGAGCUGGUGUAGGCGCCGACCUCGACUGUCCCGCACUGCUGGCCGCCAACAGCCAGGGCACCAUCAAGGUGCUGGAGCUGGUGUAGGCGCCGACCUCGACUGUCCCGCACUGCUGGCCGCCAACAGCCAGGGCACCAUCGAGGUGCUGGAGCUGGUGUAGGCGCCGACCGACGCCUGCCGCGAGGACACUGGCACAUGACGAAGAGAUGAAAUGUAACUAUGAUGACAUUCGACGCGAUAGUAUAAUUAAUGAAUGUUGUGGUGCGCUUUGUAGGUAAGUAGAGGGACUCGUGAGCACGUGGCGGUGCGGGCGAGCGACGCCGGCACCCGCGACCAGUCGCAGUAGGAACCGUUUCAGUGCUGCGCCCUGUUGCGUAACUUUUCUUUGCUUUUCGCAACUCAUCCGGAUCUUGCACGGAGAUGACAACUUACUACUACUUCUUUUUCUUUUGUUCCUGGAUCUGUCUCCGUACUUUUUUGGCCGGAAUUAUCCGUAAUACGUGUGGCCGCUGGCUCACUGUGGGAAGUGUUGCUGGGAGCCAAGGUGUACUGCGCGUUGCUCAGGCACUCGGUUGCAGCAGAGCAUCUUCUGUCUCCACGCAUGCUCUACACAGAGAGCUGUCGGUUAUACCUAAAACAAAAGGGUGUUUGUUUUUGUACUCCGCAACCUGCAAUGCCGUGUUGUCCUUAGUUUAACCCGGUUGCAAUCAUUUGGUUGUCAGUCGUGGGUUGAGGUGGUAGGGCCUCCUCGGUUUUUGCGAUCUUUUGUGUUAAUCCAUAACUCCGAGUGUGUUGAUUGCGUUCGUGUAUGGAGCCAUGUUUUGUAUUCACUGACGGGACGGGUAUGAUCGCUUCCGUCAGCUACCCUCAGUGACGUUGGUCGGCUGCGUCAUUACCUGUGUGUCCGUUGUCGUCUCGUACCCACUUCAAGGUUUCUUUGUUUGAUAGGGUUUGUGAGGCUUUAUGUUAGGCUUGCUACUUACCUCAAAGUCCGUAAGGGCAACCCAGACGCCCUUACGGUUUUCCCUGCCACCGAGAGUGUCGAGGCUUCUUCUAGGCAAGUUCGCUCCACCUUAGCCUGCAUUAUCGCUACCUGGUGUGAUAUCAGACAAAUUGCAAGUGUCAAGAAAGCCUACAAUAUCGGCGCAGUCCUGAAAAGAACUGGGUUAGGUGACUGGUUUAACGUGGGUCGGCCGCACGCCCUCAAAUCUCAUAGAGUUUAAAAUAAAAUUAAAAAAUGUCGUGUGAUAUGAAUUCUUAUUCUAAAGUACAGUUAUCGGAGGGCGGAGUUAUUCUUACAUUACGAGUAAAGCCAACCAGACGUGAUCAAGAAUGUUAGCAAACUGGCGGUAUUGCGAGCCAAGGAAGGAAGGAAAUCUUGUCAUAUCCUGUCGCAUGCAAUAAUCGUUCAGCUGAACCUGUAAGAUGCAGAAGGAAACUACUACUACCUAGUCGGAAAUGUUCCCAGAUGCAGGGCUGCCAUAUAAGGAAAAUUAUUAUAACCAAACAAUCUAAGGCGAAAAUAGUCUGCGACCAUAUUGGAUGGAAGCAAGCGUUACUUUGCAGGAUUUUAUAAUAUACAAUCAAAAUAAUGCUUAGUUUGCGAAAAGCAGUCGAAUCUGUGCGGUGUUAUUUAAAAUCUUUAUACUCCGCACCAAACAGAUCUUUCGCAACGUAUGUACUCUCGACGCACGUUUCGCUGCGACACCGGAGUAUUUUAUGCUGAUUUCUGUAUUUCUGUUUCCAAGGCCGUGGGUACGACUACGGGAAAAUGUUUGUGUGACGAACACAAAUGUUUUUCAGUUUCUGGGUGUUUAUCUGUAUAUUACAAGUAUUUUCGUAUAUUAUUCAUAAAAAUAUUCAGCAGUCAUCUUAGUACCCACAACACAAGCUACGCUUACUUUGGGGCUAGAUGGCGAUGUGUGUAUUGUCGUAGUAUAUUUAUUUUUAUUAUGAUUAAUGUUUGUUAACAUUCUUCUCGGCUCGUUGGCUUUGCAUUACAAACUUUUUGAAAAAUUAACCUUUUAUUAGCUUUUUAAGAUAAAAAUUAUAUUCUAUUGAAAAAAUAUAAAGUACGUUGUGAUCUUAAUAAUGAAAUCAUUUCAAACUCUACAAUAUUCGGGAUCUUUUUCUUAAAACAUAUUUUUUUAACAAUAGUGUUAACCUUUAUCAUAAUAAUAGAGAUUUUAAUUAAAAGAUACCAUUAGUGAGAGCGUAAACACACAACACGCCGCAACAAGUGUUGAGUCAAAUCAAAUCGUGUGGCAGUGGUGAGUGUAAAGUGUAUUUGCCUUAAUAAUUUUAAUAUAAAAAAGUAUCGUUUUGUAAACCUCACUAGCACCCACAACACGAUAUGACGUGCACUGCGUGUGUACGUGUGCGCGUAUAGGAGGGAAGGGACAAAUGUAAAAGGUCAACUUGCAAGAUGAAGUAAAAUAAGUUCUCUUUAAAUUGACUCAAAAUUAACGCAUAAUGUUUUGUCUUGCGCCACUUCAGUGUCGUUUGUGGAUACGGGUGAAAGUCAACAAUCAGCGCUCAGAGAAAGUCCAUAAAUAUUUUUUGUAAUGUUUAAGAAUAUAAAUGUUAUAUAAGGAUGUUUUGUAUUGAGUUACAAGUUGUAAUAUUUAUAACAAGUAAGCACCCUGUAUAAAUGUGUAAAUAGAGCUUUUAUUUCA